CGUCAUCAUGUCACAAGAUUAACAACAUGGCGUCCUACUGGGUUUUAAAUUUCUGUUCAUAGCCUCCAUACGUGCUUCUAGCGUCUGUUAAUCAAUUUACAAAUGUGAAAUAUUUUUUGCUAAAUUUCCUUCUCAGUGUACGUUAUUCUUUAUCGUCUGCUUCACUGCGAAAAAGCCUGGAUAGUGGUAAAACAUCAACCCUCUGAUCUGUGUUUACAACGAUGGCUUCGUCAUUUGUUAUUGGAGAUCAGUUUAGAACCAGAGUCACCGAAUUAUUGGGGAAGACCGACUCAUCGGUGCCGCAGUCACUGAGAGAAGAACUGGAGGAGAUUAUCAAAAAGCCACGGCCGUCAACUCUGCCUUUCACCACAGCGAGAAAACUCAAGAAGUACCUGCAGGAGCAAAAUCAUCCAUUCUACCUGCAUGAGUUAUUAGAGGACAGUUCAUUGUAUCUACCAGAAGUUGUGAAACCUCCUAGAAAUCCUGAGCUGGUUGCACGUCUGGAGAAGAUUAAAGCUAAACUGGCCAAUGAGGAGUACAGUAGAAUCACACGCAAUGUCAACACUCAGGAGAUCAACAGAUGUGGGACAUUAGCAGAUUUUGGACACCAAGUACGAUCAGUCAAAGCUGUGGCUGUGACGGUAUUCAACUUCCUGGUCACCGUGGUUGCUGCGUUUGCCUGUUCAUAUAUGGGCAGUCAGUACCUGUUCACUGAGAUCGCAGCGAGAGUGAUAACAGCCGUGAUCACUGCCUCUGUGGUGGGUCUUGCUGAGCUGUACAUCCUGGUCCGGACAAUGGAGGGUGAACUCGGGGAACCUUAACAAAUACAAUAACAUCUGAUAUUCAAAACAUCCGCAACAGGGACAAAGCAACUGUUUCAGAGGAAAUAGUUUUACUUUGCAGUGAGAAAAAAAAUCCUGUUCAUUCCAUUGUGUUUUUGUGAUGAUACUUAAUCAAAAAAUAAUGAAGUAUAAAUUCUUAAGCUUACUUACUCGAUCACGGGACCACUGGCUGCCAAUCAUUACACUUUUUUGCUGUUGUCUUUGUUUCUUUUCAAAUGUUUUGUUCUCAAUAAAACAUCACUAUAAUUAUAAUUUAAAUUUCGAGUGAUGUCCAUAUAUAUAUCAAUAACAAAGAACAUAUUUUAAUGCAUAUGUAAAAAAGUAGCUUUACCAAAAGACAAGAUAAUUUUGUAACUGUGGUUGUGAUAAUACCAACAGUCAAAAUUGAGCUAUUUCCACACUCACCUUCAGUAGUUCCAUGUUUUGGUUCAAUGUUAUUUAUUACUUCAAUAUUAUUUGAAGGCUUGUUUUUUUUGCAAACAUGUCACUGAUGUGCCGUCUAUAAUGAUUUAUUUUUCAGACCUCUUUCACCCUAAUGACAGAAACAUGGCUUCAACCACUAAAGUAUGUUUGCUUGACUGGCCUGCCUGCAGUCCAUAUCCAUAUGUCUUCUACUGAAAAAUGUUCAUCAGAUCAUGAAAGUAAAAAAAAAUCAUAUAAUGGUGAAAAAAGAUGUUGAUCCUCAAACCUGUACAUUUACUCCAGUGUGUGUUGUCACUUUCCAAAUCAAUUAAAAGUGGAAUUUCAUAAAAGUGA